AUGUCAGUAGCAGCACCCCACAAGGAUCUACCACGUACGGGUGUGGCUGCGCUUCUAGCAGGGCUAAAGAUCCCUGGGGAAAUACAGCUGCCCAAUGGCGCAGUUAUCCCCGUCGGCAUCGGCGAACCGGUUUAUCGAGUGAUCUUCCACUCGGAGCGUGCCCUCCGCACACCAAUGACGGAAAUGGGCGUUGGUCGAGCGUAUUUAUCUGGAGAUAUUGAGGUAAAGGGUGAUUUUGGCGCCCUAUUCAACGCCCGCCAGAAUUUACAGGAGAAAGUGCCUCUGCGGCAAAAAGUCCAGUUCGUAUACGACUUUAUCCGGACAGCAACCAAAAUGAACGCCAAGGCUAUCGGUGAUCACUACGGACUCGAUGAUGAGUUCUAUCUCACCUUUCUGGACAAUCGAUACCGUUUCUAUACCCAGGGUUUGUUCCAACGACCUGACGAAACGCUGGAAGAGGCCUCCGAGCACAAAAUGGAGACCAUGUCUGCUGCUCUCGAUCUCAAACCAGGCAUGAGACUUCUUGAUAUUGGCGGUGGGUGGGGUGGAGUGACGCAGUAUUGCGGUGCUCGAGGCGUGCAUGUCACAACGUUGACACUCGCACCAAACAGCGCUCGGUAUAUCCAACGCAUUAUAGAGAAGAAUAAUCUCUCUGGUCAAGUCUUCUUGGAAGACUUCCUGGACCAUAAGCCGGAGGAGCCAUAUGACCAUGUUGUCAUCUUUGGGGUGAUUGAGCAUAUCCCUAAUUAUCGCCGUUUUGCACGCAGGGUGUGGGAUGUGUUGAAGCCCGGUGGUCGCAUGUAUCUUGAUGGCUCGGCAGCUGUUGAGAAGUUCGCUGUUAGCUCUUUCACCAGAUAUUAUAUUUGGCCUGGGACGCACACUUAUAUGACUCUUCAGGACGUUCUUGCUGAACUUUUAUACCAUGGGUUUCAAGUACUGGAUGUUGUCAAUGAGACUCGGGACUAUGAGCUCACAAUGGUUGAAUGGGCAAAGCGUCUGGACUCGGCGAAAGAAGAACUCAUUGCGGGUUGGGGAGAGCAGAACUAUCGUGUCUUUCGCUUGUGCUUGUGGGGUGGCAGCCAUGCAUUCAAGACCAAUGCCUUGCAGGCUUACCAUAUGGUUGUGGAACGUACAUCUUCCCCUGGGCCACGUCCAUCUAUUCCUCGCCGUUUCCGUCAGUUCCUGGGAAGCCUGCGCUGA